GAUGUCGCCUAUCCUAAGUGAAAUCCUUCUCUGCGGGUUUAUGGUCAAUUCCGCACUCCGGCGAAGAACUCACCUCGUUCAGUCCUUCUCCGUCGUCUUCCUCUACUGGUUCUACGUAUUCUCAUGAUCAACUAGAAGCUCCACGGAUCAUAUGCCAAAACCUUAUCGGUAGUAGUUACUUGAAACCUAUAAACAAUCUAAAAUUCCACCAAAAAUCCCAUUUUUUCUGAAGAUAUAUCGCAGAUCUUCCAUGGCUUCCGGGGCCUCGUCUGGAUCGAGCCAGCUGCUGAAUCCUCACUCGGAAGAGGACUUGAGUUCACUGAAGAAGCUGAAGCGUAAGAUAUCGAAUCGGGAGUCGGCGAGGCGGUCGAGAAUGCGGAAGCAGAGGCAGUUGUGUGAGCUUACGGAGGAGGUGAGCCGACUACGGAGUGAGAAGAGCCAGCUGAUUUCAAGCUUGGGCGUCGCAAAGCAGCUGUGCGCAGCAGUGGAGACGGAGAACUCUGUGUUGAGAGCACAGGUGAUGGAGCUCGGCCGCAGGCUGCAGGCUCUUGCCGGCAUACUCAGCUACGCCGGCGGUUGCUGCCACAUGCUCUACCAUUGAAGCGAUCAGAGCAGAGGAUGAAGAGAAGUCAUUCGUAUGUGUGAUUUGUGCUUGUGGUUGUGUGGUUAAUGUACUGUGUCUGUUAUGUGUAGCCAUGGCUGGAAGACAGUGGUGGAUCCAGAAAUUCAAGUAUAGAGGGACAAUUUAUGUGGAACAAGGGACGAUAUUCUCUAUCUCUAUUAGUGGAAUCCUAUAAUACCAGGGGUUCCACUCCCGGAAAGGGGGGGUGACCGCCGAUGCCGCCACCCCUCUGGAUCCGCCCCUGCUGGAAGAUGUGCUUGCUUGUGUAUCAAAAUGCAAUAUGUAAG